CAAGUACCAAAGUGACAAAAGCGUCUUCUAAGUGACAGGACCUAUUGCAAAAAGUGCAAAAUGAGUAGCGUGCCAGGUAUUCAAAAUAAGACUGUAAAGCAGUACAAGCAGUCAUUUCUGUCUGAUCCGAAAAAUAGACUUGCCAGAAAUGUAUGUUCUAAACAAGAUUUAUGGGAUGUGUGUAAAAAUCCAGAUGUUAUACAUACAACCCCUCAUGUAUACAACUGUAAGGUAUCAAAUGAGGGCAAACCAAUGACUAACCAGAAGAGCUCAGGAAGAUGUUGGAUUUUUGCCUGUUUGAAUGUUAUAAGAAGCAAAUGUAUGAGCCAGUUUAAAGUUGAGAAUCUAGAGUUUAGUCAGAAUUACCUCUUCUUCUGGGACAAGGUUGAGAGAGCUAACUACAAUCUGCAGUGUUACGUACAAUGUGCUCGUAAAGGUGAGACAGCUGAUGGUCGUUUGGUUCACCACCUUUUAUUUAAUCCUGCUGAAGAUGGAGGCCAGUGGGACAUGAUGAUAAAUCUGAUAGAGAAGUAUGGUAUUGUACCAAAAACCUGCUGCCCUGAUGCACAGAGUGCUGAAGCUUCUGUAAAGUUCAACAGGCUCAUCAAUAAUAAAAUGAGAGAGUUCUGUAACUGUCUACAAACUAUGGUAAAAGAUGGGGCAUCAGAAGCAAAGGUACAAGCAGAAAAAACCAGAAUGAUGGAACAGAUAUACAGAAUAGCAUCUACAUGUUUAGGGACACCAUUAGAGACCUUCACCUGGGAAUUCUAUGACUUAGAGAAGAAUUAUGUCAAAAUUGGACCAAUCAAACCAGUAGAUUUCUACAGACAAUACAUCAAACCAAUCUAUAAUAUGGAGGAUAAGGUGUGUAUAGUGAAUGAUCCUCGUCCAAACCAUUCUUAUGGCAAACUGUAUACAGUAGACUACCUAGGAAACAUGACUGGUGGACGACCAGUAUUAUAUAUUAAUCAACCAAUUGAAGUUUUAAAGAAGGUUACCAUAGCUUCUCUCAAAGAUGAUGAGGCUGUGUGGUUUGGAUGUGAUGUAGGCAAAUGCUUUUAUAGGCAAGCAGGCUUGCUAGAUUUAGAUAUAUUAGAUUUAGAUUUGGUUUUUGGUACCAACAUGCUGGGCAUGUCUAAGGCAGAUAGACUGAUCUAUGGAGAAUCUUUGAUGACUCAUGCAAUGACUAUUACUGCUGCACAAGUUGAAGAGGGGUCAGAAGUUAAGGCUACCAGGUGGAGAGUAGAAAAUUCCUGGGGUGAUGCUGAUGGAGAUAAAGGCUACAUAGCAAUGUCAGAUAACUGGUUUUCCGAGUUUGUCUAUGAAGUUGUGGUAGAUAAGAAACAUCUAACAUCAGAUAUAGUAGAUGUACUCAAACAAACACCAGUUGUUUUACCUGCCUGGGAUCCCAUGGGAGCACUAGCUUAAUGAAACAUUAAAAUUUAGAAGAUAAUAUUCCAGUAGUAUAUAGUGUUGUAGACUUCUUUGACUCUAAUGAUGAUUACUCUGUUGCAUUUGUACUGUCUCAUUUUAUCUAUGGGCUUUUCCAAGAAAAAGAGGACAGCAAUUCUUAAAAUCUUGUAAUCUUGAUAGGUGAUGGUCUCUGAUAAAUUUAUUAAACCAUUUACAGGAAAUAAAUGAAAAGUUUUAUCUGGUUCAGAAUACAUUGGAAAGAAACCCACCAACCACAUGAUUCUUGGAAGAGACCCACCAACAACAUGAUUCUUGGAAGAGCUCUAACUAUAAAAAUAUAUAAAUAAGACUUUCUAGUCAUUAUGUUUUUGAAAUAAUGGUAGUCAUGCAUACUAAUUUUAGAUAAAUUAAAAGUGUUAUAUUUAAAAAAAAAGAGCCUAUCCACCAGUUUCAAAGGAUACAAUAUAGUACAUUCUUUCCUCUAGGACACAUUUUCAUUAAAAUAAAUCUUCAAAUGAAGCAAAAACAAUGGAUAGAGUGGCAAAUGGCACAUUCCACUUCUAAUUAUUAACCACUUCUUUGCCACACUUCUCUGAACUUCAAAAUAGGAUUACUUAUACAGUGGAGUAUGGUAAAUCAGCCCAUGUGGUAAAUCCACCAAACCUUCCAAAUAUUUCCUUUUAUAUGUCAUUACCAUUGUAGCCUAUAUUUGUGUGCCUAAUAUUUUUAUGAAUUUCUAGAAAAUGUAUACUAGGUAUACAAUAAAUUACUUCAAUAAGGUCUCAACUGAGUAUCAAAAAUACAAAUUUCUAAAGGUAGUCUUUUUUAUUUCUUGUUUUUUAAGAUAUUGGUCAUGGCUUUAAACAUGUUUUCCAUGGGAAAAUGUAUAUUCCAAUAAACUAUCAAUAUAUACUUACAAAUGUAUUGUUUUUGUUUUUUGUACAAUAAUAUUAUUGCUUUCUUGCUGUCACAUUAAAUUAAAAAAGAUAAUUAUAAUGUUUAUACUUUGCUAUAUUUAACACCCCAAACAAUUUUUUUUAUUAAAAUUAUAUUAAAUGAAGAUAACACAUCUAAAUUAACAAAUUGGUGGAUAUGGCCUUAAUAUUUGAAUUAUAGAGUAUAGAUAUAUAUCUGAAACAUGGUAAUCCUAUCUAUACCAAGUCCUAGCUAUAGUCUUGAUGUAAGAGAAUGAUGGUGUUGUGAUAUUCAUUUAAAUAUGCUCAGGGUGCAAUUAUAAUCAGAAUUUUAUAAUGGAGAACAUUGCUUAAGUAUUUAUUAUUAUAUCCAAGUGCUAACGGAUUGGACUUUUUGUAAUAUGAUAUGCACCAUUUAUUAUUUAUUAUUUUGGAAGAUUAGUUUAAAACUGUUACUGUAGCUGUCUUGUAUAAAUACCUAUUAAAUUAUUUAUAUAUGAAUUACACAUAUAACAGUAGUGCAAUUUUGAUACACAUAUCAGUGUACUUGUGAUUAAAAUCAUUUAUUUAUUUGAAAAUGACAAACACACAUACUGUGUUGCAUAUUUGGUUGAAGAAUUAAAAUAGUACUAGAGACAUUUUUUCAGCAUUAAAUAUAUAACUCUGUAAUUACUUAACAUAUAAUAAAUUAGACAAUCCUUGUUCUCUUUAAA